AUGGAGCGAUUGCAGGACUACAACCCUCUGCUGCUCUAUGCAGUUGGUGUCGCAACCUUGUGUCUCUUUUACUUUUUGUUUCGCGGCGACUCUGAGAAGGCGGUUCCUUAUAAUGUCGCACCACCAGAGCAGGUCAUGUCUGGAUGGAAGGGCGAGGUGCUGCAGGACCUCUCCAUGAAGGUAUCCGGCUCCUCUUCAAUCCAAUGCUACGCCCCCGCAACCGGCGAGUCUCUGGGCCGGGUCAACCCCUCCACCACGUCCUCGAUCGACCGCGCAAUUGCCAAAGCCGCCGAUGCACAAAUACAAUGGGCACAGACGACGUUCGCAGAGCGGAGGAAGGUGCUCAAGACGAUGUUGCGGUUUGUCUUGGAAAAUCAGGAGACUAUUGCGCGGGUGGCUUGUCUCGAUUCUGGGAAGACGAUGGUGGAUGCGAGUUUGGGAGAGAUCUUGGUUACAGUGGAGAAGCUUAGGUGGGUUAUUGCGCAUGGCGAAGACAGUUUGAGGAACGAGAGUAGGCCGGGCAAUCUGUUGAUGGCGUACAAGUGGCAUGAGGUGAUGUGGCAGCCGCUGGGCGUUGUGGCGGCUUGUGUGAGCUGGAAUUACCCUUUCCACAACCUUAUAUCUCCCGUCAUUGCGUCUAUCUUCGCCGGUAACGCCAUCAUCGUAAAGGGCUCAGAGAACACGGCCUGGUCCAGCAGCUACUUCGCAUCAAUCGCUACCUCCGCCCUCGUCGCCUGCGGACAUAGUUCAGAUAUCGUUCAAUCUGUCGUGUGCUGGCCUAGUGUCGCCGAAUACCUUACUUCCCACCCGGGCAUCGCACACAUAACCUUCAUCGGUUCUCGCCCAGUCGCUCACCAUGUCUGUGCCUCUGCGUCGAAAGCCCUUACACCAGUUUGCGUCGAAUUAGGAGGCAAAGACCCGGCCAUCGUCCUGGACGACUUAUCAAACAGCGACUUUCAUCGCGUAUCCAGCAUCCUCAUGCGUGGCGUCUUCCAGUCCGCCGGCCAAAACUGCAUAGGCAUAGAGCGCAUCAUUGCCCUCCCGAAUGUCUACAAUCGCUUGAUCGAACAACUUACGCCGCGCAUCACAGCCCUCCGCCCAGGGUCCAUCCUCAACACCUCCCCAGACGAUGCCUCCAUUGACAUUGGCGCCUGCAUCUCCGACGCCGGCUUCUCUCGUCUGGAAUCUCUCAUCGCAGACGCCGUAGCCCAAGGCGCGCGCCUUAUAUGCGGCGGGAAGCGCUACGUCCACCCGCAGCAUCCCAAGGGACACUUCUUCGCCCCGACGUUUCUCGUCGACGUCACCGCAUCCAUGAAAAUCGCCCAGGAAGAGCUGUUCGCCCCGGUUUUCACACUCAUGCGCACCUCUUCCGUAGACGAGGCUAUCGCAAUUGCAAACUCGACUCCGUAUGCCCUCGGCGCCUCGGUCUACGGCUCCUCCAAUCACGAUCUCGAGCGCGUUGUCCGUGAAGUCCACGCGGGCAUGGUCGCCGUCAACGACUUUGCGGUCACCUACAUGGUGCAGCUUCCCUUCGGCGGCGUCAAGGGCAGCGGUUACGGGAGGUUUGCGGGACAGGAGGGGCUGAGGAGUGUGUGCAACCAGAAGGCUGUCACGAGGGAUCGCUGGCCGUGGUUGGCGAAGACGAGUAUCCCCGGCCCGAUGGAUUUGCCACUGAAGGGAGAGGGGGCAGGGCAGAGGGCGUGGAAGAUGGCGUGCGGGGUUGUGUGGGUUGGGUAUGGGGAUUUGAGGGGAAAAGUUACGGGCGUAAAGAAUUUGAUUGGGUUGUGA